UUUAGACGUUCACAAUAUUUAGCCUGCAAGUGGAGGGAGUUUCGGACUUCUCCAAGGUCCUCUAACUACCACACCUCUGAACAUGCUUUCAAUUUUAGCUUCUAGAUGUAUUGAAGCUCUUCAACCUGUCGUAAACCCCUUCGCAACCUCGGACAUCGUCCGAAACUUGGUAAACAUCAUUGAAUGCUCACGGAUUGGAUGGGGCACGGAAGUCUGGAGCCAGUCUUUACGUCAGGCCAUGCAGUGGGCUUGCGAAGUGGACUUCAGUUCAGUGGAUUCAAUCUCAGUACUCGGUGUUCCUGCUGACUGGGACGAAUUAAAUCUCUAGGAUCAGUCGAAAUUGUUAAGGAAUUUGCUGAUGGUUUCAAAAACUUGGUGUUCAGCUUAAUGCUGGCAGCAAUGCCGGACUUUUUCAGUCUCGAGUAGUGGGGUCGAAGUUAUAGUGAGCAUUUAGAUAACAAUCGUAGGGAGGUGCUGUAAAGCUGGCCUCCUCUAGUUUAUUCAGUGGUUGUGUCUUCCCGAGUGUUAACGGUGAUAUGUCGCUGGAGAGCCUCAUCAAAAUGCAGAGCUCUGGGGCCAGGAGCAUUGAGGAAGCGAACACGCCGCGUCCCGGAGGCGUUGCACAGGGCUCCGUGCUCGUCACCCUGGAUGUCACCAAGGAGCUCUGCACCCCUGCUGUAUACUGGGCUAUGGGCAAUGUUGUCCGCCGCGGGGAUAACUUGAAAAUAUUAGGCAUCAUCACGCAUGUCUCCAAUCCAAUGGGAUUCAAGACGCGCGUCGACAAAAACAGUUGGAUCGGCUCGAACGGAGUUAUGCUACAGCAUGAAGUCGAAACCAAACGAGAUGCGCUGGAAAGCAUCCCUCACGUCAAGGAGUGGUGCGAGAAAGCAGGGGUGAAGUUGGAUGUCGAUGUGAAAGCAGGGUACCAAAUUAAAAUUAUAGUCGUCGAGGAAGCUAAGGCCAUUGGAGCCUACCACGUUGUUCUAGACAAGAACAUGAAGAGUGAUCGGAAGUAUUUUGUGGAGAAUUUGACAUGCUUUGUUUCAAGAGCUCGGAAUAGCGGCGGGAUUGACACCAUCCGGUCGUUCUCCGUGUCGAAGCAGCUCCCGCCUCUCGUGCCGACUCCGCCAAACACUUUGCGAAACGGGAACCAACCGCUCGUCACAACUGGAUCCACGGCGUCGAUGGCAUCUCUGGCGUCGACUCACUCACACCACUCGCACGGAUCAGUGUCAUCGAGCUCUUACGGUGAAUCGAGCGACGGCUUCCUCACGCAAGACAGUGAUUUAUUCUCCUUGGCGCCCACAACGGGUGAGUCACUUGAGCGGAUCCAUGAGGCUCAAGAAAAUCCUACGCAUAGAGCGUCGAUCCCCUUCCGCUCAAAUGCGAAUCCCGAUUUGAUGAAAAUGCAGAAGAUGCAAUACCACGCUGAUCAGAGGGCUCCUCGCCUGUCUCCAGUCGAGUUUGGAACUGGUUCCAAUUUGAAUAACCACCUAACGAAGCCAACACUAAGGAAGUGGCUGGCUGAAGAGGAAUCUACGGCAGAGGUGACAGCGGCCCCGUUCGAGGAUUCUAUCCCUUACGGUGAACGCAACGGAAAUGGUAACAAGAUUCAAAAUGGGAUGUCUAGCAAUGAGCAAACUCGACGAGCUCCGACUACAUUCCUUGAGAAAUCCGUCAAUGCGGUACCAUCAUCCGCUCAAGUAUCACAUCCUCUUCAACGCCCUCCAGGACGAGCAGUUGCACAAGCGAACCCACCUUUAAUAAAUUUUUCGCGGAUGCCAUCACCGCCGCAUAGCAAGUUGACCCAGAAUUUGAAUAAGACAGUGUGGGUGUGGACACGAAGCAAGGAUGUGAUGAGGAGUGCUGUGGAGGUUGGCUGGACAUCGUUCAUCUUCACUCCAGACACCAAGUACAUGGCCCCGCAAUGGACUUCGAUCGAGUGGAUCAAGCCCCUGUUCCUUGAUGGAGGCAGGUUCUUGAACCAGGAGGGGAAGCAAGUGGCGCUUCUUGGUCAGGUGUACUCUGGCGAGCAGCUAGACUACCUUCCUGCUAUGAUGGGCAAUGCGGAGACUGUUGUUAUCAAUGACCUUGACUGGCAGCUCAUUCCUCCUGAAGACGUGGUAGCUGCGUUUCAAGGUAGACGCACCCAGCUUUUCGCCACGGCAAACACCGCUGCUGAUGCACAAGUAUAUCUGGAGGCCCUUGAGGUAGGGUUUGAUGGCGUGGUACUCCACACAGAAAACACCGCCGAAAUAGCUGCUCUCAGGGAUUACCUGCUAGAGAAGAAGUUGAAGAAGGACCGCGCCCUAGAAUGGGUGAAUGCUUAUCAACGUGCAGAACAAUCUGGCAAAGGGGUGGCCGAGGAGACUGUUGAAGAGCUUCCGGUUGAGGUGGCUGAACUCCCCGGUUUAACGCCAGAACACUCCUUGGAAAGAACAGAUUCUCACAUCACGAACCAGGACAGCACGUUGCUUAGAUCAGACUCGAAAGGCGUGAAUCGGGACAGCACCUUGCUCAGAUCAGACUCACAGGGCGUAAUCCAGGACAGCAACUCACUUAGAUCAGACUCUAACGGCGUGAAUCAGGACAGCUCCCCGCUUAGAUCAGACUCGAAAGGCGUGAAUCCGGACAGCUCCCAGCUCAGAACAGACUCUAACUGUGUGAAUCAGGAGAGCUCCUCAAUCGGAUCAGACUCAAACAGCGUGGGCUGGGACACCAUGUCGCUUAGAUCAGACUGUAAUCCUCUUAACCGGGUCGGGUCAUCACCGAGGCUCUUGGAGUCGCCCAGAGCUGUAAAUGUAGCUGCAAACCAAGCGCCAAAUUCCUCCACACCACAAACAUCGACUGGGUUGAAGAUGGUGAAGGCUACUGUGAAAAGUGUGGUCUCUGUGGGCGAAGGCGACCGAGUGUCCGUGGACCUCUGCAAUCUAUUGAAUCCUGGCGAGGCUGUACUUGUGGGUUCUUUCACGAGGGGCAUGUUCUUGGUGCAUUCUGAGGUCCAAGCUAACAACACAAGCCGUAAAUCGUUUCGUGUCAAUGCGGGUCCUGUGCACGCAUACACGGGCAUGGUCAGAGGGCACAUGGCAUACUUGUCAGAGCUGGAGUCUGGAGGUCAAGUAUUAGCGGUGGAUGCGCAUGGCCACUCCCGCACAGUUCUUGUGGGCCGUGUUUCCAUCGAAACUAAGCCUCUCGUCCUCGUUGUGGCGGAGGCUGGGGGGCAGUGUUUUAAUGUCAUGCUGGAGGAUGCAGAUUCAGUCCGCCUUGUUAUCCCCGCAGAGGAUCAACGUCCAGGCCAUGAAUCCAUAGCCGUGACGCAAUUGAAACCAGGAGAUGCUGUUUGCUUGAGAAUGGAAAAUGACGACGCAUUAGAAUUCUAAGAUGUAGUUCAUUAAUAGAUCAAUUUAUACGUUAGGCAUCAUUUUUUUGAGUCAACCAAUUGUUACAUGUGAUCGCGAUGCUCAAAUCGACGUAUUUUAGUUUCCUUUUGAAACGGGACGCUAUGUGCGAGAUUUAUUACCUGCAAGCGGGAGCUACAUUGCCAAACUGUUCCAAUAGACAAAUCGCUUCGAGCAUCUAGAAUGUGCAAUUGCGUCUAUGAACUACUCCAGAUUAUUUCAUGCAACAGUUCAAGUCGUUUACCUCAGACGGCCUGUGAUUAAAAGCUUAGAUGACCGAAAAGCUUCCUGGUCGAGAAAUAUAUUAUCCCAUAGUGGUUUGACGAAACAUGAUUUUAUUGAAGGAUGAUGUAUAUUUUCAAAAUUCAUGAUUAACAAUGCCGAGAUGGCAUGAUUUAUUUUACA